AUGUUUGAUUUCGAUUCCAAUAUUGCUCCUGACGAAACCAUCAUGGUUGAUUCGGAAAAGCAUGGUUUAUCUUCUCCUUAUUCUCAAUCUGAAAGGCGCAAUUUGCAGCAGUACUAUGAAAACCAGGGUUUAUUUCUAGGCGUUUCGGUUGCAAGUGGCGGUCCAUAUGCAGGCCAGAAACCGGAAGCUACUGGCAAAAUGGAAACCACGGAUGUCUCGGGAACUACUAAUCUUGCCGGAAGUACCCGAACAUUUAACGUUUCUGGCUCUGAUGCCUAUGGUGCUUCUGCCUAUGGUUCUUCUGAUGCCUCUAGCGGUAAUGCUUCUAGUUCCCGUUUCACGCAUCUCUCGGGUCUGUUUGCUCCCAGUUUCCCGGAUCAAUUCACUACAGACUUGGCAACCGGAUUGCCAUAUAUUUCCACUCCUUUCCAGUAUCACAGACACCAGAGCUCUGCCACAUCUCUCUCUUCGUCGAUAUUUGGUGGUGCUACCCCUUCCGUUAGCGCUGCUACUAUUGCCACGUCUGCUACCACUUCCACCACAGCCCCACAGCAUACUCCCGGGCCAAGCAUCUCUGCAUCUACCAGUUUGUAUAACGGUGUUUCAGGCGCUGGGCUACCAGAUGCUUAUUUCAUUAAUGGCAUGAGCUCGGCUUUUAAUGAACCAAUCACUCCUCCAGAAUACUGCUACUCUAAACUGGCAUCUAUCAUUCCUGCUACCACCUCAGAUAUAUCUAGUAAUGCCUCUUGGAAUGCUCCUCAGAUAUUGGACAAGCCGUAUGCUGGCUCGAGACAUCAUUCUAAGAGCCGCUCUAUGGCGUCGCUUCAAGGUGAUAAUCACAAUAGGCGCCGUAUGUUCUCUUACCCUCAAUCAGAGACCGAACAAAGGCAGGGUCGGUAUCCGGAGACUUUAAAUGAGGUCGGUAAGAGGCACAAAUCUGUUCCCUCGGUUCCUUCGAUACCCUCGACUAACGCUGUCGACACCUUUGCCUUGGAGAACAGCUUUGACCAAUUGACCUUAGGUGGGAAAUCUACCUCGUUGGAUUCAACCACAGAUAUUAUAUCCAUGUCUCAAGAUCAGUAUGGAUGCCGAUACCUUCAGAAGAAGAUCGACGAGAAUUUUGCCGUCAACUUUCCCCUGAUAUUUCAGUCCGUGUAUCAGCACUCGACCGAUUUGAUGGUGGAUCCAUUCGGUAAUUAUCUCAUUCAAAAGCUGAUGGGUUCUGCGUCCGCCGAAGAGCUCAGCCUAAUAUUAAUUAGUAUUGGUCCCUCUAUUUAUAAGAUCUCAAUCGACCAGCAUGGCACCCGUGCCUGCCAGAAGAUGAUUGAUUGCCUGUCAACGCCAGCCCAUCACCGACUUUUGGAAACGUAUUUGUCUCCUCACAUAGUCGAACUGAUUCAGGACUUGAAUGGUAACCACGUGAUUCAAAAGUGCAUACAGAAGUUUCAAGAUGUCGAUUUGCAAUUUAUCAUCGAUUUGAUCUGCAGCAAUAUGGUAGCCAUAUCGACGCACAAACAUGGAUGUUGUGUGAUGCAAAAAUUGAUGAACAAAUGCAAUUCCAACCAGUUGAUUCAGCUUGGCUGCGAGAUUUUGAACAACUCCAUUUCAUUGAUGCAGGAUCAAUUUGGCAACUAUGUGGUCCAGUACUUGAUCAGUUUGGAAAUCCCAAAGCUUAACAGCCAACUCAUUACUAUUGUUGCUUCUUAUGUUACUGAACUAAGUUGCCAAAAGUUCUCUUCCAAUGUCGUGGAGAAAUGUCUAAAAAUCAAAGUGUACAAGCAGCACAAGAACGCUCGUCAAGUGAAUCCGUUGCUUGAGGAGAUCUUGCGAGAGCCUACUUUGAGUAACUUGAUUAAGGAUCAAUACGGUAACUACGUUGUUCAGACUUCUAUGGAGGUGUCUCCAUUUGAGUAUAAAGUAAGAUUUGCUAUGGCUUUGGAUCCCCUGCUUCCGACUAUCAAAUUCACCUCGUUUGGUAAACGUAUUCACAAUAAGGUCAUAGCCAUAUUGGAAGAGGCCAAGAAAACCAAAGGUCCCAUUAUCGAUAUACCCACAACUGUGACAACUGCCCCUGCCAAGCAGCGGUCCCUCUCCAACUUCUUUACUCGCCAUGGUCUCGAUUCUGUCGACAACAUAUUCCCACCUCCACGUUGA